GUUCCCUUUAAACUGAAUUUCCGGUUCUGUGUUUUAUGUAACAUGUUUUGAUUGUACUUCCUUAAUUAAUACUUUCGUACUGUUAAAAUGACAGACAGUUAAGUUUUCCUGAAACCAAAACCAUCUGUUAUAACGGUAUUCGAUUCGUUGUCGUUUAUUCGUUUUGUUAACGUGAGCAACAAAAUUAGAUUUCCCGUGGAAUACAUUUUCUCUAAGUCGUUUAUAUAUAUAUAGUAACCGAUCAGGUAGCCUAAAUUGUUUGAUUUCAAAUGGUUUCGUUCAGUUUGCGUCCUGUGUUACUCAAUACGGCGACGUAGCUGUGUGUCUACGCAACUUGGAGUGGCUCGCGUAUCCUGCCGUGAAAUAGUCGGUUUCAGGCUACUCUGAGGUUUCCGAAAGGCGGAUUAUAGGCACGGACCAUGGCUGUUGACUGGCUUGGAUUUGCUUAUGCCACGGCUGUCCUCCUGGGAGGGAUUGUGGGGUACAAGAGGAAAGGCAGCGUGAUGUCGCUGAUCGCUGGUCUGCUCUUCGGGAGCCUGUCUGCUUACGGCUCCCUCGGAAUAACGACCAAUCCCAGCGUUGCCCUGUUGUCAUCAGGAUCUCUGGCUGUCAUCAUGGGAUUGCGAUACUGGAAGUCUGGCAAACUUAUACCAGCUGUUAUGGCUGGUUUGAGCACCCUGAUGUUCCUGCGACUUCUCCUCCUGCUUGUACUGUAGCAUGCCCCCUCCCAGGGUGAGCCCCCUCCCAGGGUGAGCCAUGCCCCCUCCCAGGGUGAGCCAUGCCCCCUCCCAGGGUGAGCCCCCUCCCUUCCCUGAGCUGAGAGGUCCAUUGCCCCUCAGUCUACCAUCAUUCCUGCUUCAUUCUGGAUUUGUGUAAUUGCACCAGCUAAUUCCACUAAGAUGCCAUAUCACAGUUAACCUGUCCGCUCGCUGGGAAUGGGGCAGUCGGAAUGCGCCCCACUAAUUAUCCUGACAUUCCAAAUAAACUUCAGAGCAUUUCAGUUUUA